UCUUUCAUAUGAUUCCAGCCGUUCGAGCAGUAGUCAGCUGCUGACAGCUCGGAAACUGUGAUGAUGCGAACAAACAAGAGAAAUGCUGCCGUCGGUGAAGCGUUUCGCAUCGCCGUCACGACGGCACUUCAAAAGUUCUAUCAGACCGAUGGCCAGACAGAAUAUGAGUUUCCAUCAUCGUUCACGGCCGAAGAGCGAGGUUUCAUACACAAGUACUGCCAGAACCUGGGUCUCAAGUCUAAAAGCCGAGGGAAAGGAUCGAAUCGCUUCCUUACUGCCUACAAGAAAGCCGGUUCCACCAUAGUGCAGGCUGAUGCCGGGUUCACUAUGGGAUCCCUCUCGUGCCGAUUUGCCAUGCUGCUGCUGCAAAAGUUUCCGCUCAACUCUCAUGAGCGCCAUGAGCUGUUACCUCCCACAGAGCGAGAACGCAUUGUCAGUCAGGAAGUGCGGGACGUGAACCGCACAACAGCACGGCUCAACUGUGGCAUUCCCCAAGUGCCACCGCGCAGCGAAGGGGCAAUGGAUGCCCAGCGCCAGCGUCUACCCAUCUGGCAGAGCCGCCAAAAGUUGCUCACCACCAUUGCCCAAAAUCAAGUGACCAUCAUUACAGGAGAAACCGGCUGUGGCAAGACCACUCAGGUGCCGCAGUACCUGUUGGAAGAGUACUGCAGCCUUGGUAAUCCAUGCCGCAUUGUGUGCACUGAGCCCCGACGACUGGCCGCUGUAGCUGUGGCUGAGCGCAUUGCCACCGAACGAAAUGAAAAACUGGGCUACACUGUGGGCUACCAAAUACGUCUGGAGAACAGGGUUUCGCCCAAGACAUUACUGACUGUGUGCACGAAUGGUAUCCUCCUGCGCACCCUCAUGGGCAACGACUCUGCAAUGGCAACAAUCAGCCACGUUAUUGUGGAUGAGGUUCACGAGCGUGAUCGGUUCACUGACUUUUUGCUCACUGUUCUGCGGGACUUGCUUCCAAAGUUCCGAAAUCUGAAAGUUAUUCUGAUGUCAGCUACUAUGGAUGUAGAGCUGUUCAUCAAAUAUUUUGGUAACUGUCCUGUUGUGGAAGUGCCAUCACGAUCGUAUGAAGUGAAGGCCUACUUUUUGGAGGAUGUCUUGCGACUGACGGGAUACACCAGCCAAGACAUGCUGAAGCUGAAGAAAAGCAAACCCCGAGCGGAGCAGCAGAAGGCACAACUUGCUAAGUGGUGUGAUAGUCAGGGCAUAACCACAAGUAGUACCGCCCCUUCAGCAAACAGACUGUCACCUGAGAAGGACCAGGUGGAUGGAAAGGACGAUGGUGACAACGAGGAUACACUUGGUGUUGAUACACGCCUUGCUGCAGUGAUGGACCGUGCUCUUCAGAAUGCUUGGAUGACUGGAACAGACGAGGCUUUUUCCCAGCUGCUCUACCACAUCCUCUCAGACAACAUCCCGGUUGAGUACCACCAUAGUGAAACAAGCGCCACAGCACUGAUGUUAGCUGCUGGACGAGGCAAGGUGGAAAUAGUGGAGGAGCUGCUGUCUCUCGGGGCCGAUCCCUUGACUCGAGCAUCAAACGACUGGACUGCCCUCGAUUGGGCACAGCAUUUUCACCAGUCAAAUGCAGCGGAAGUCAUUCUGGCUCACUUGUUGGUCAUGCAGAGCGGCCUCCCAAAGUCUGAUGACUAUGGUAGCGUUGCUGAGCAGGAGCUAACAGCCGAAGAGCGUGAGCAGCUGGACCUGUACCUUCGUACGACCAACGACGAUGAGACCGACCUGGACCUAAUGCUAGCCCUUAUUCAGAAAGUCCACUUGAGUGCUGAAGAUGGUGCCAUUCUGGUCUUCCUUCCCGGGUUUGAUGACAUGAGCAGACUGAGAGAUAAAAUUCUGGCAGACAAAGGUUUUUCUGAACAGAAGAGGAGGUAUGUACUGUACAUGUUACACUCAAAUGUGCAGUGUAGCGAGCAGCGGCUUGUCUUCAACACAAUGCCACCUGGAGUAAGAAAAAUUGUUCUGUCAACCAAUAUCGCUGAGACAAGCAUUACCAUCAGCGAUGUCACUUUUGUCAUUGACUCCGGCAAGGUUAAAGAGAAGUCCUUUGACAGCCUGACAGGCACCAGCCUGCUCAAGUCCGUGUGGGUGAGUCAGGCGAGUGCCAUGCAACGUCGAGGCCGGGCAGGCCGCACCCACCCGAACGGUGUCUGCUUCCACCUGAUGAGCCGGCAGCGCUUCUGCAGCCUGGCUCCCUUCCAGCAGCCCGAGCUGCUGCGUCUGCCGCUUCAGGAACUGUGCCUCCAGGCAAAGCUCCUUGUUCCACCUAAUGUUCCUAUUGCCGACUUUUUGGCUCGAGCUCCAGAUCCUCCUGCAUUCUUAGUCACAAGGACAGCUGUCACCCUCCUGAAGACAAUAGAUGCAUUGGACCCAUCUGAGCAGCUGACAGAGAUGGGUCUUCACUUGCUUGACCUUCCCAUCGAGCCACACUUGGGAAAAAUGGUGCUCUAUGCAGUUGUGCUCAAGUGCCUUGACCCAGUGCUCACCAUCGUCUGCUGCCUUGCUGUCAAAGACCCUUUUGUGCUCCCCACACAACCAGGCCAGAAGCGACCUGCAUAUGUAGCAAGGCGUAAGCUGGCUGGUAACACCUACAGCGACCACAUGGCUCUCCUCUCCGCAUUUCAGCGUUGGCAGAAGGCCCAUGCCGACAACUGUGAGCACUACUUUUGCGAGCGGAACUUUGUAUCUGGUGCCACUAUGUCCACUGCACUGGCAGUACGAGGCCAGUUGUUGGGCCAGCUUCGGGCAUCAGGCUUUGUGCGGCCUCGUGGAAAUGGUGACAUCCGUGACCUCAACGCCAACUCUGAUAACUGGGCAGUGAUCAAAGCAGCUCUCUGUGCUGGCUCCUACCCAAACCUCCUGAGAGUUGACCGGGAGCGUCGGCAGCUGGUUGCCCAGCGUGCCUCACGAGUCCGGUUCAGCUCGCGUUCCGUCCUGUCCCAGCCGGAUCCUCACAGCUUGGGUGCAUCUGCAGCUGCAGCCAACGCUCGUGAUAGUGUCAUUGCCUCCUUGCCCACUGACUGGCUCAUCUAUGGCGAGCUGGCCAGGGCAGGGCCCACAGCCUUUGCCAACAUGUGUACGCUGGUCUCACCUGUCACGGUGGCACUGUUUGCUGGCCCUCAGCGCCUACCUCUGGAUGCCCUGUAUGAGCCACAAAAUGCUAGGACCACUGGCCUUGGAGAAGACAGCGACAGUGAAGAAGAGGAAGAGUCAGAGCUGCAGAAGUGCAUGCUCAAGCUGGAUGACUGGAUUUCCCUCAAGGCAGAGCCUGAGGGUGGCCGCCUGGCAUUGCACCUGCGCCAGAAGCUGCAGGCACUGUUUCUGCGCCGCAUGAAUUCCCCAGGCAAGCCGUGGUCUCAGUCAGAUGACGCCGUGAUUCGUGCCGUUGUUGGCGUGCUUACGUCGGAGGAAGAGGCCCUGAAUCUUCCGCGACCGCCUCCGGGCAUUGGACAGCGACCACGGCCGUCUGGUGCAGAUGCCUACUCGUUACCUCCACCAGCGGCCGAUGAUCUCAGGAGCCAGGGUGGGGCGGAUGGUUUUGCCGGUCGGCGGGCGGUCCUCCGUCGUGGAGGGUCCUUGGAGUAUGGCCCGAGCUCAUCACCAUCCUCUCGUAGAGGCUCUGGUGCCAGUCUGCCAGCAACUCCUUUGGGUAUGGGACGUUCAGACGCAGGUAGCUCAUGGUGCUCGGACGAUCGGUCCGACUGCUCAUCCCUGCGCUCAACAAGCAGUGGCCAGCCCAGUCCGUGUGGCCCAAGUCCCAGGCACACAGUGACUGGUCACCGUCGAUUCUUCAUCAUCAAGGCGGGCUCACACCGGGCUGUGGAUGUCUCUCUUUCAACGGGCCUGUGGUCCUUGGGACCCAACACAGAUCGCAAGAUACAGCCAGCAAUCAGGGAAGGCAAGGAGGUGAUACUGAUAUUCUCAGUGCAUGGAAGUGGACACUUUCAAGGCUAUGCGAUGCUCCUGGGACCAGCAGCCAACAAGAACUGGCCCACUGAUGAUCAUGAUGGCAGUUCGGGAGGCCGUUUCUACUUCAUCAAAUGGAAGCACAGGUGUAACCUGUCAUUCCAGAACACCAGGCAUCUGUUGAACCCCUGGAAUGAGAACCGGAAAGUGCAGAUUAGCCGAGACGGCCAGGAAGUUGAGCCCAGUGUUGGCGAGGCUCUCUGCCACCUUUGGGAUGGCCUUCCCGAUGCUUCUGUCACCGAGUCUGUUCGGCACUGACGGGAUAUAGUGUCUACUUCCUGGUGAAUGCCGCUGAAGAGACAGAGGCACAUCUCUUGCAAGUUAGGCUUCGCAGACAGCAUGCGCGACAAGACAACAAAAUUGUGUUGGUUGUGUUGGGUGCCCCACCCCCGUUAAGCAUUGUGCUUUAUUUAUUAUUGUUACCUUCUUUUAGAUGGCACAAUGAAUCUGAAGCUCGCCUUGCAAUGCACCUCGGCAAAGGAUCAAUAUUUACUGCGUUAAACAUUUUAAGUUCCUUUCUUUUACAUAUCACUCAUUGAAACUCGGCACUCAAAAUUCUUAGCACCGAGCCACAGCUGAUACACGGUUCGUUCAAGUCAUUUGAGUAGUCAUAUGGAAAAUAAUCCGUUAAGUUUCUCCUGUUCGUAAAGCCCCUCAGAACUGUCACACUAAUAAUAAUUCAGGAAUGUUUGUCUUGGUAAUGGUCUAGAACUGUGUCACGUUUGUAUAAGAAUGCUGUAUGCUUGGACAUUGUGUACCGUGCACUUUGAAUGUAUCUGGGAAAACGAAAUCGCGUAUUGAGGGGCUCUUGCAUUAGUUUAGUUGCCCGCCAACUGCACCUUUCAACUUCUCGAAUAGAACAUAAAAGGUAGUUUCCUUUCACGUCUAAAGCGAAAAGGUCUCGGUAUCUAGUUUUGGGAGCAGUAAUAUCUGUAGUACCCCUGCUGAAAGUUUUAGCCUGAGAACCAAAGUGCUUGCAAGGUCCCCAAUAUUGAAUGCAGGGGUAGCAGUAUGCACCGCAGCGGUUCUUGUGCUUCACGAUCAAUUGGGCUCUCUCUUGGAACUCUUCACUUCAGGGUGAACAACCAGCCAUGUUUCGUGUGGUUCUGAGAGUUUUUGCUUGGUCGCAGAUACAUGCGCCAGACCAGAGCAUCUAGAAUUCGGGUCUACUGGCAAUGGUAUGGUUAGCAACCUGUAGUACCAACCCUCUUGACAAGAUUCAGUUAUGUCAACUGGGCACUUGGCGAAGUCACUGCACUGUUGUUAAUAAGUCAGCCGAGAGGUGCACUUUACAACUGUAACAGUGAUUUCAGACAAGUCCAACAGAAGGAGGAAGUGCGCAUUCACUUUGACAGUGCCCUUGAGAAAUCUAAAAUGUCUGUUUAUCAUGUUGUCACAUAUUUAAAAUGUUGCAGGCAGAGAAACCUGUAUUGUUUGGUAUAACUGUCAGUUCGAGCGCACGAAUGAACAGAAAUGAAGAGAGGACUAGUUGGGCUAGUUUGGAUAUGCAUGGUAUAACUGUCUGUAUGAACUGACAGUUAUACCAUGCAUAUCCAACUAGCCCAACUUUCAAUUCUGUUGAAACCUGUAUUGGGAAGCAUUUGCAAGGGUUACAAAUAUAGCAGUGCUGCUUGGUAAAGAGCUCUUGUAAAGCCAGCUGUUUAUCAUCCUCUCAUCGGGUGCCCAAAUUUAAGAAGCAGCCAGCAGAUAUGGUCGUAGUGCGGGAGCAAGCUGAGGUAACAUGCUUGUCGUAGUUUUUGUAAAGGUAUCUGAGGACUUUUUACCUUGCUUUCUCAACUGUGACGCCAUGCAGCACGCAUUUAGCAGCUCGCACUGCUAUAAUUUGUGUUCUGCUGUGACAAACUGUUCAGAAUUCAAUUGCAGUGCACUUACACGAAUUUUACUGGAGCAGUGUUUGUGUAACCUAUUCAGUGUUUGGAUAUUUGGAUAACUGGCGCUUGCAACACAACCAAGUGGACUUUUGUCCUGCAAUUGCGGGUGCUUACUCUUAAGGCAUUGGUAUUCUGUCUCAAGCACAGUUCAAUGAAAUGCAGAUUUCGCAAUUUUUAUUAAGUGCAGUUUUGCUAAAUUACAUCGUUCAAAAGCGUCAAUUUCUAAUACUUUUUUUUACUGUCUUUACAAUCUUUUGUUCUAUUUGUUUGUGGUGCAUGAUAUAUUAGGAUCACAUUAAUGGAAAUGAGUGGUAAAUAUGACAAGAGUGUUUACUGUAAAUGUAUAGCUUGCUAGAGGUAUUAUUCAUUGCAAGACCUAAUAUAUUUCUUCAGGUUUUGGGGUGGUGCAGUGCUUACAACAGUUUUAUCUUCUGCAUAUACACAAAUGCAAAUCUGCUAUGAACGAUUAUUCACUAUUAGUUCAGCUUGAUGCCAGUACCAAGUUCUUUUUUAAAUGUAAUGUUGAUUGUAUUUUCACUUAGUUUUAAAAACUCGCAACAAGUUGUUAGUUGUAGGAAGCUUCAGAAUACGUGAUCUUUCAAUAUCCCCAUACUACUACAGCAGGUCUUAUCUCUCUGUUAAGGAGUUACAUGAGCUUUUGGAAUGUGUUGUUUACAUAUGUGCACUGUGAAGUUGAAGGCACUGCAAUUUGUGAUGGCAGCUAAGAAUCUCAUGCACGGCAGCCAUUUUGUGCCAUUCUAGUCCCGACAUUUGAAAAAAAAAAAAAAAGUUCCUUGGUGUCUAGUUGAAAGUUGUACAAAGCUACAAAAGAAGCUCACACCAGAACCGGAAACAGAAAUAUGUGAGCUUCUUUUAGGUGGUUGUCAGUGUUCAAGAAAUCGCCUGCACGUGUAAAUUUCCACAUUACUCAUUUUUUUAGCCCCUGUAUCUGUGAUGAAUGGAUUAUACUAACAUUUGCCUUUUUUAUUUACUCACACUGCCAAACAGUUUAUUGUAUGUUGCUGUUGCUUCUAUUGCUUUGUAAACUGUUGCGAGACUGCAAUGGACUCCCAUUGAACAUUGUGUUGUACUUGGUGAUGUAAUGUUGUCUGGUCAUAAGAUACAUUUCAUUUUUUUUUUUUUUUUUUGCUGAAGUCUCCCUCUCAAUGUUAGGUCUGCUACACAAGGGACUACUUGUUGAGUGUGUAGCAUGUGCAUACCUUUAGAGCAUCAUUCUGUGUGUACUUAGCAUAGGUUACAAUCAUUUUACUUGAUGCAAAGAUACAGCUCCACAGUUAUCGAUACAGAGACUAGAAAUAAAAGGUUGGUGCG